UUGGAAGGGGAGGAAGUUCAGUCACAGCUUUCUCACCCGGUAUCGUCUGUUGUAUCAGCCGAGCGGAGUUGCAUUGUUUAGUCGUCACACUUUUUUAUUAAAAAAAAGUACCUUGAGAAUUUUUUAAAACUUUGUGCGCGUUUUGCUCUUUUUUGUAGUAAAGGAUGUGAUUAGUUUUCUUUGUUUUUGUGAACGAAAUCUUGAUUGUGGAUAUUUAUUUAUAUUAAUUAGACGUUGGCAAAAAAUAUCGUCUGCUUUGGAACUUAUGUGUUUAUAAUAGCUGGGAAAUAUUAUUCGCUAAGGAAUAAAUAUACUGAUUGUUCGAAAAAAAUUUUUGAGUUCAAAUUUAUUAUUUAAUAUCACACGUGCUUUUAAAAGCUUGAUAAAAAAUAAUUCAAACUUGUGUGAAAUUCUAUAUUUGGUGACAUUUUGUAUAAAUUGCAUCAUUCUGCAUGUUUUGAAACUUAAUUUUUUUUUUCAAAGUUGAAAUUCUUUCAGCUUGAAAUUAAUAAGUUUCAUGCAGUCAGGAUUUAACAUAUGUAAAAGAAUUUCUUAAGUUGAUCAGCUUACUGAUUUGUGUAAAACUUGAGAUUUUUCUUUCAGAAUCUGAUGUAGAAAUUAUUCUCUCACUGAAGAAAAAAAAUGAUGCGUUUAACGCCAGCAACAGUGCACCAAACGUGAACAAGUUCGAUUUCCUUUGGAGUCAUCAAUUACUUUACAGAAAUUGAAAUAUAUAAAUAAAAAAAUCUCUCACUUGUUUUGCAAAAGAAGAGAGGGAAAAAAAAACUAGAAACCGAAACCCUUCAGUCAAUCAAGAUUCCAACAUGGGAGCAUUGACGCAACUGUCAAAACACGGAUUACUGACAUCGUGGUAGGAGCAACGGAACACACAUAAGGAAUUUUCCUCCGAGUUUUUCUUUUCUUUUUGAAAACUGCUGUGUGAUCUCGUAUAUCACGAUGUACUUAACGAUUCUGGUGGUUGUGUUAUUAUUGGGGUUCACCUCUGGGGAUGAAUCCCGAAUGUCUGUCUGUCCCCAAGUUUGUGACUGCAAGGGACUGACAGUGGACUGCGGAAACCGACAGCUGAAAUCUGUUCCCAAACCUUUACCCAAGGAGGCCAAAAGGAUAAAUCUUGAAGGAAACAACAUAACUGUGAUUCGAGCUGAUGAUUUUGAAGGUUUAACCCAAGUUCAGAUCAUGCAACUCAUGGAAAACCAGAUUCAUCUCAUAGAAAAAGGCGCAUUUCAAGAUCUUGUGUCCAUGGAACGACUGAGGUUAAACAACAAUAGGCUAAGGAGUUUGCCAGAUUUACUGUUUUCAACAAUGCCCAAUUUAUUGCGAUUGGACUUGAGUAAUAACAGGCUUGGCAUGAUUGGCAAGAAAACCCUCAGAGGCGCACCUCUUUUGAAGAAUCUACAAAUGGAUAAUAAUGAAAUAACUUGUGUUGAUGACAUUUCUAUAAGGAUGCUCAAAGACAUGGAAAUUUUGACGUUAAACAAAAAUAACAUCACAUCACUUGGAAAAGAUCUGUUUGAAGGAAUGAAGAAAUUACGAGUUCUGAGGAUAUCUGACAACCCUUUCACUUGUGACUGUCACUUGUCAUGGCUGGCUGGGUGGUUGAGACGAAAUCCGAGGCUGGGACUCUUCUCCAAGUGCAACCUCCCACUGUACCUCAAGAACAAAGCUAUUGCGGAAUUGCACGAGUUUGAUUUCCGCUGUACUGGGUCUGAAGACGACCGUCCAGCAGGUUGUUCCCGCGAGCCCAUGUGUCCCCAUCCCUGCUCCUGCUACGACGGGGUUGUCGACUGCCGAGAUAAGGGCCUGAGCCGGAUACCAGAUCACAUUCCAGAUACCGCCACGGAACUACGGCUGGAGCAAAAUCAAAUUCGUGAAAUACCUCCCAAGGCAUUUUCAUCUUUCAAAAGGCUGAAACGGAUAGAUUUGAGUAACAAUGAAAUAUCUAAAAUUGCUGGAGACGCUUUCAGCGGAUUGAAAACUCUUACUUCGCUUGUUCUCUAUGGCAACAAAAUAACAGAUUUGACGAAUGGAGUAUUUAAAGGGCUUACGUCAUUGCAGCUAUUACUCCUGAAUGCCAAUAAAAUAUCUUGCCUGAGGAAAGAUACUUUUGGAGAUCUUCAUAAUUUGAAUCUUUUAUCUCUGUAUGAUAACAAUAUCCAAUCCUUGGCCAAUGGAACUUUCAGCGCUUUGCAUAAUAUCCAGACACUGCAUUUGGCGAGAAAUCCAUUCAUCUGCGACUGCAACCUCCGAUGGCUGGUGGAGUAUCUCCAUGCCAACCCGAUUGAGACGAGUGGGGCACGAUGCGAGACCCCCAGACGGAUGCACCGACGCCGGAUCAGUCAGAUGAGAGAAAAUAAGUACAAAUGUAAAGGUACGGAGGCAUAUCGCAGCAGAGGCGUGGGGGAGUGCGCCUCUGUACACGACUGCCCUGAUCCCUGCGUCUGCGAAGGGAGUGUGGUGGACUGCUCUGGAAAGAGACUGCGGGACAUACCUGAAAACAUUCCUUCCUACACAAGCGAAUUGCGAAUGAACAACAAUGCCGUCCAAAAAAUAAGAGCUAAUGGAUUUUUCAAGAAACUUCAGCACUUAAAUAAACUAGAUUUGAGUAACAAUGAAAUAGCGGAAGUCGAAGACGGAGCUUUCCAUGGAGCUAAUCAGUUGACUGAUCUGCUGCUAACCGAAAACAAACUGAAAGACGUGCGAAAUAAGAUGUUCACCGGGAUACCAAACCUGAAAACUCUCAUGCUGCGGACCAAUCUGCUCACCUGCAUUUCGAACGACACUUUCAGCGGCCUGGAGUCCCUGCAAUUACUGUCUUUAUACGACAACCGAAUUACCCACAUAAUGAAGGGAGCUUUUGACAAGAUGCCAGCCCUGAAUACUUUAAAUCUCCUGGCUAAUCCCCUUCAAUGCUCCUGUCGCCUGAGAUGGCUUAGCGAAUGGUUGAAGCAGUCCGACAUCGUGACUGGUAAUCCUCGUUGUCAAGCUCCUCUGUCUCUUAAGGAUAUACCUAUACAAGAUGUCGACAAAAAAGAUUUCAGAUGUGAUGGUGGUGACAGGCUGGACGAAGACGAAGGUUGCGGAUCCACACUCACCUGCCCCCUCGGGUGCACCUGUACCGGUACAGUGGUACACUGCAGCAGGAGGAAGCUCAAGUCUUCGCCCAGGAACAUCCCACCCACCACAACAGAACUGUACUUAGAUGUCAAUGAUAUUUCUCGAAUGCCGGAAGAUCUAAACAUCUUCAAAGAUUUGGAGCGAUUGGAUUUGAGUAAUAAUCAAAUUACUGUCCUACCGAACAACAUAGUCUCCAAUUUGAGCAAACUAUCCACACUUAUUUUGAGUUAUAAUAAACUCCAGUGCAUUCAAGUGGACAGUUUAUUAGGAUUGAAAUCUCUUCGAAUUUUGUCUUUGCAAGGAAAUGACAUAUCUAUGAUACCAGAUGGAGCUUUCAGAGAAUUGGUUUCAAUAACUCAUAUAGCUUUAGGUGCAAAUCCUUUGUACUGCGACUGCAACUUGAGAUGGCUCUCGGAAUGGAUCAAACAAGAUUACAUUGAGCCAGGUAUUGCAAGAUGCGCGGAACCGCGUUCCAUGAAGGACAAACUAGUGUUAACAGCUGCAUCGGACGGUUUUGUUUGCACAGGGAAACCGGAAGCGGAAGUGCUAGCGAAGUGCGAUGCUUGCUAUACUUUCCCUUGUCAAAACGGCGCCACUUGCAAGCCAAAGCCACUGCGAGAUUACGAAUGCAUAUGUGCACCUGGUUAUCACGGAGCCAAAUGUGAAUAUGUAAUUGACGCCUGUUAUGGAAAUCCUUGUGAAAAUGGAGGAACAUGUAAAGUUCUGGAAGCUGGGAGAUUCAGUUGUCAUUGCCCUGCCGGCUACGAGGGAGAUAGAUGCGAGACAAACAUCGACGACUGCGUGGACAACAAAUGUGAGAACAACGCCACCUGCGUCGAUCUGAUUGAAGAAUAUGAGUGCAGGUGCAAUCCAGGAUAUACUGGUAAUUAUUGUGAGAAAAAGAUUAACUUUUGUAGCAAGGAAUUUAACCCCUGUAAGAAUGGAGCGACCUGCAUCGAUGAAAAUUAUUCAUACAGCUGCGCAUGCUCUCUUGGCUUCACUGGCGAAAAUUGUACAAUCAACAUAAACGACUGUCUGGACCAUCUCUGCCAAAAUGGAGGUACUUGCAUAGACGGGAUCAAUACUUAUCGGUGCCAGUGCCAAGAUGGAUUCUCUGGAGCAUUCUGCGAGCUUGAGAACAUGGUGGACCUGCUGUACCCCCAGACCAGCCCUUGUCAACACCACGACUGCAAACAUGGCGUCUGCUUCAUGCCAAGCAACGCCAAAGACUACAUCUGCAAGUGCUCUCAAGGCUUCACUGGAAAACGCUGCGAAUUCCUCACCAGCAUCAAUUUCCAUGAUGGCUCUUAUGUUGAACUGGAUCCUCUGCAUACCAAACCCGAUGCUAAAGUUUCGAUAACAUUUGCCACCGAGCAAAGCUACGGAGUCAUGCUAUACAAUGGCGAAUCCCAGCACUUGGCUGUAGAGUUAUUCAGAGGUAGAAUCAGGGUGAGCUACGACGUUGGGAAUUACCCUGUUUCAACCAUGUUUAGUUACGAGACGGUGUCAGAUGGAAAUCCACAUACUGUAGAGUUGAUGCUGAUGAAAAAGAAUUUCACUAUGAGAGUGGAUAACGGAACGUCAAGAACUAUUGUUAAUGAAGGGGUGAAGGAAUACCUGGAAGUGUCGUCCCCACUCUACAUCGGAGGAGUCUCGGAAGAAGUUGCCAGCAGUGCUCUGCGUCAGUGGCAUCUAAGGAAUACAUCGAGCUUUGAUGGAUGUAUAAAAGACGUGCGAUUGAACGGGAAAUUGUUGGACUUCAUGAUUGCGAGAAAACAGCAGCGCGUUGCCCCUGGAUGUUCUGAACUGGAGGAAAACAAGCCGUGUAAAGAACACCUUUGCAAGAAAGGAAAGUGCGUACCUUUGGAUAAGUCGAGUUAUGAAUGUCAGUGCCGUAAAGGCUGGAGUGGAGAGCAUUGUGACCAAGAACUCUUUGUUUCAGCGCCCACCUGUCAAAAAGAGCAGUACCGGGAAUUCCUGGAGGAAAACGGUUGCCGCUCCACCAAGAUGAUCAAAAUGGCCAAAUGCGUCGGUUCCUGCGGUGACCAGUGCUGCAGGCCACAGAGAAUCAAGCGACGCAGCGUGCGCAUGGUGUGUCCAAACGGCACCAAGUACACAACACAAGUGGAUGUCAUCAGAAAAUGUAAAUGUGUUCAAAAAUGUUAAUGUCGAUUUCAUGUCACUCUCUUUAGUCGCAUGAUACUGCUCAGCAUGCGAAGAAUCAGCAAGAAUAUUUCUAAAAAAAAAAAGUAAUGACUUUUUCAUCAAUGCGCUCAUCUUUGUGUGCAACGUUUUAUGCAAGUUGGAAAUUAGAAUUUUUUCCUUCCCCGCUUUUUUUUGUUCAAGUGGACAAUUUGACCAGGAAAACAGAUGGACUUUGCUUAGUAGAUGCGUACGAGUUGUAUUAUUAUUUUCUUUUGUUCUGACUGGAAUUCUUCGGUCGGUUCGGUAAUGUUUGAUACAUUACUAAUACACACAUAAAUGUAUUGAUCUUCAGUACAAAUUCAAGGACAAUUUUGCAUGUUAUUUGCUGUAGAUGAGAAUUCUUUUCAUAAAGCUGUCUUUAUAGUUUGAUAUUUUAUUAUGUAUUUCAAAACUUAACCACUGCACAAAUAGCGCACAUGACAAGGAAAAAAAAAUUUUUAAAAAAACUGCACUGAUGGAUUUGGAUGUAAAAAUGAAGUUCUCUUUAGAUAAAUGUUUUAGAGUGAAAAAUAUAAAAUGGAGUUCCAACACAGAUGCGAUAUUUCGUGGUUUCAAAAUGACCUACUAACCUAGUGUUGAAUUCAUGUCAUACAUUCAAAUUUACGCGGACUAACAUUCCAAAAUGUAAAACCUUAUACAGCUUUUUAAGACCGAAAUUAUCUGAAUUAAUGUUCUUUCAUUUAUUACUCUUAAUUGCUUUUGGAAUUCUACGAUGGACAGUGCAAUCAUUUAUAUUUGUUUGAAAAAUUCAAUAGAUUUUGUUUCAUAUAGCAGCCGAAGUGACUUGUCUAAAGCCUGAUUCUGCUAUCAUUAAUUGAUUUGGAUUGACUCAAAAGCAUUGAAUCAAUCUGUUAAGUCCGGAUAUAUAGUAAAUGAUUGAUCGAUUGAUUGGAAUCCACAUAUUUUGAUCACCAAUCCUUGUAUCUGAACAAAAGGUGGAAUAUCUUUUGGUCGGACAGUUUUCUUGGAUCAUACGUUCAUGACAAAAAAAUAAGACUAAAACGGAUUAUAAAAACAUGUACACUCAAUUUAUUAAACAUUCUAUCUUCAUGAAUGUUAUAAAAUUCUUUAAGCAGAUAUUGCUGAAAUUCCGGACAUCAUCUGUUAAAAAUUUCAAAACUGUUCGAAGAAAGGAAAUCGAUAGUUUUAAAUUAACACAGAAUAAAUCGCACAUAUUAUCGCAUAUAUAAUUAUAAAAUACUGGAAUAUAAUAGAUAUUAUUAAAAUAUUGUCCAUCUAAAUCAAAUCCAUCUGUGCAGGAUUUUGUGGAAGUUAUACACCGACAUACAAUGAUAGAUUUGUCACAGUUAUUUUCUUCAAUGAACUCUGGUCUUUGAAUUUCGAGGUGCUUUUUUAUAUAUUUAUUUUCUAAAGAUGCACAAAUAACAAGCAACGCAAAAUAAUAGUUUUGAAAUAUGAUGAAAUUGUGCUAGAUAUUUUAUGCAAGAUUGCUUAAUAACUUUGUCUUAUGAGAAAUGAAAGUUUAGGAAUUCGAAAAUCAGAAAAAAUGUCGAUUGUCUGUGUGUCAAACUUAAAAGUAUUGCGGGAAAAUAAAUUCGAUAUGGAGAAAUUUCGAUAUAUAGAAAUAAAUAUUACGAUUUGGGUUCUUUUGUAUGAUAUCAUUUUUACAAAUUUCGAUAUUGUUUCAUCAAUAUUGUCAAAUUUUACACUUUAAUAUUUUUAAAUAGAUUGCGAACUCUUCAAACACUUCCAAGGCUUUAAUAAUAGAAUUGCGAUUUUCAAGAUUGUUUAUAAUAUAUUUAUCGAAACUUCAUAAUUUUUCUACACAUCUUUUUUUAUCCAGAUUUCUACGUCUUUUUAUUUACUGAAUUCCACUUGGAUAUUUUUAGAUUUCUGUUUAAGGACCAUGUUCUAUAAAGAAGCAGAAAUAUUAAGGCAAAAAUUCUGUUCCCGAGUUGAAAAAUGGUAUCAUAUAACUGAAAUGAAGAACAGCAUACAAAUGGCUGUCUAUUUCUGAAUUUCUGCUAUAUAAGGAUCACCAGAACUCUUUUGUUUGUUGGGGUUAGGGGAAGGAAUUUAUAUUCCUUUUUAUAAAUGAAAUCCAUUGAUUCUUUUUGAAGACAUUAAGCAUUAUAUUCUGAUGCAAAACUUUUUGUUCGAUAUAUCGAAAUUUUAUCCAACUGAUAGAAACUUUUUUUGAUGAAAAUUCGAGGUUUCUGAAUAAAAUUCGAUGUAUAUAUGCCCUUUCAUAUAAUAUUCAUGAAAUAACGCGAUUAGAACUUAAAACAGGCUGAAUAGUAAUUUAAUUCAUCUAAAUCUUCUAAUUCAUCUUUUGGAACUAUUUUUUCUGUUACAAGUAACAUAAUUUUAUAUGUUAUAACUUGAUAUGAAGUUAGAAAAAAGUUAAAAUUUCAAACAUGACGUCAAGAUUUUUUUUUACUACUUUGGAAAAUGCCUAUAUGCAACAUUCUUACACUAUUUCCGUGUAACAUUGGCCAUUUGUGUUAAAAUUAUUGAGUCACUUUCUUAGGUCAAAUAUAAUUAGAAGAAAAGCUAUUAUGCCUUCGAUGUCACUUUAUAUUUCCAAAAAGCACCUCAUAAUCCAAAGACUAGAACUGACUGUCACAUUCAACCAUAAUUGACUAAUUUACAGUUUAUUUCUAGAAGAAAAAUACGACAGCUAUAUAAGGUACAGAGUGAAAAUGAUUUCAAAUACAUUCAUGAAUCUUAAUUUUGAGACAGGGAUUCUUUAGAAGAAAUGCCAAUUUCUUUACUUUGUGUUGUAUUAUGUGAUCAAUGAAAUAUAAAGUAGGCAUACUUUUUGUAAAUUGUUCUCGUGAAAAAAUCUGCAAUUAAAUGUUUAUUGGUCUAGUAUUAAUUGCUUAUGAAAUGCUAUGUACAUAGUAAAAAAGUUUUAUUCUUGUUUUUUUUUUUUCCUUUCUUUUAUAAUGUUCAUCGUAAUGUCAUUAACAUUUAUCUCACAACAAGCAUGCUUUUUUCAAUAUAUAUUCGAAUAGAAAAUUCAACUUUUGCAUGAGAAUCAUUUUAUUGUUAUACAAUCAAAUCUUGAAGCAAAAUUCUUUGAUAAAAUUUGAUAUCGCUAAUUACAAUUGUAUUUUAAAUUAAACUGUAUAUUCUUUUUGAAAUGGAUUAAUUCAUUUUCAGUAAAAUGUGUUUAUUUUUUGUUUAAAAAUGUUCAAAUUAGUUGUAACUGAAACAACUCCUAAAAUAUUUUACAAUUCAACAGACUGUACACAAUUGUAUUUUGUUCCUCCAUUUAAUUUGAUACAUUUGUUUAUUAAAAAAUAAUAUAUUUAUAUGUUAUGAUUUUUUUAAAUUUAUUUAAUUAUUACUUCCGAUUCGAGAAGAAAAGUAAUUUUUUUUGUAAAAUGUUUGCUUCUUAUAACUUCGAAGUAAAAUUUUAUAAUAUUGAACAGAGAAACGUCAUUAAUUUGGAGUUCAUUUGCAAAUCUCAUGAAAAUGCCAGAUUCUUUGCUUUUUCAAUUUUUUUUAUUUUUAUUUUUUUUCAAAACGUUGUGUUUUUUGUAGCUUGAAAAUCGUAACAAGAUGCUGGUUGACCAAAAUCACAUGUUAAGAAAAUUUUAAUUAAAAAUUCUAAUACGUUUACAAAUAAUUUUGUUAAAAUUUUGCUCCUUAUAUUUGAAAAACAAAAUUUUAUACUAUACAAAAAAAGAAUUUCACACAAUUAAGAGGAGAAAAAGUCUAAAUCAAUUUUCACUAAUGUGGAAUUUUAUGGUAAAUCUAAUGAAAAUGUUAGAUUCUGUAAAUAUUGCCAAACGAUUUUUUUAAUUCAAGACAUCUGUUUUUAUGUGGAUUGAAAAUCAUAAUAAAAUACUGAUUGAGCAACAAUCAUUUAUUAUAAAUUUUUGAAAAAUUCUAAUGUGUUUUUAAAAGAAGUCGAAUAAAUUUUUUUAAAAUAUAAAAUAGAAUAACGCCGUUUAGAAGAACAUUCAGCAAUUUUCUGCACAAUUUUUACUUCCAAUUAAAAAAAAAAAAUGUCUACGUUUUUAUUUUACUCUUAGAACAAAAAGUAAUUCUUUUUCUUUUUAAAAAACAAUGUUUCAUAUUAUCUAAUCCAUUCGUUUUUGUUGACUAUUUUUUACGUUUUUUAAUUUUAUAGUUUAGCUGUUAAGUGCCUCAUUUGAUAUGUAAUCUUUUUGGUGUACAUUGUAUUUCAUGAUACUGGGCAUUUGUACUGCUACUAGUAAAACUUCGACUUACUGCACUGUUGUUACUGACCACUGUGUCGAUCACUCUGUACUAAGAUCAAUCGUGCUUAGUGCUCUUUGUGCAUAAUUUAUAUUUAAAGAUUCAUUGUUUUAACCAAUGUGUAUAUUUGUGCUGCACCUAUAUUUGUAUUUCGUUCAUUUAAUGACUAGAAGUGAUUCACUUGCUUCAUAGAAAUAAACUGAU